GAAGAUCUUGAGCUGAAAUGGCGCAGCAUUUUGAACAGAUGAGAGCCAUUCUAAACAUUCGCGAGGAGUGAGUAGUUAUCGUAUCCCAUUGAAUGCGGCGACGGUGCGGUAGCUGCGCCUCAUAUGAAAACAUUAAAUAUUUUUAAAAGAUUAACUCAACAUGAAUGAUUGCACAGAAGAAGGCAAGGCGAUUGCAACUGACACGAUAGCGUGCCUUACUAAUCAGGAUGACUGUCAGAAUUUAGAACUAACAUCACAAAUCUGGCAGCAAAUUGAAGCCCAUAGGCAGUCACAAGAACAGAAAAUCAAACAAGACAUCAAAGGUUUAUUAGCUCUGAAGGAAGAACGAGAGAGUGAACUUGUAGAUGAAGAAUCUAAUGCUGAAUACCAGAGAGAGAGGGCUGAAAUCAAAUCCCAGAUUGACCAAGUUUCAACACAGAAAGCUGGUGUGGAGCAGGAAUUAAAGUCAGUUCAAGAAGCUGUACAGACAAGAGAAGAAGAAAAGGGCGGCCUGAAAUUACUUAAGGCAAAGGUCACCGAGGAAACUACAGAAGUUCUUCCACAAACAAGAUACAAUAUAAGCUUGUACAAAAACAUCUCCAAGAUUUGUUGGGAGUAUGACAGCCCACCAGAAGAAAUCACAGGAUACGUAUCAACCGCUAAAGAUGUCCGUCCGUUUUCCCUGGAUACACGACAGAACUCUGCAUUUUUCAUCACCAAUUAUCUCUGGGAUCUCAUCGAAAUGGCAAACUGAAAAUAAAAAAAAGGUUAUUGAUUGGAACUAUGAACAUGUGUGACUGUUGCUAUUACUCUUACUGAAGAAAUUUUGUUAGGAGAUCCAUAAUAUAUAUAUAGUAUUCCUUUUGGCAAAUACAUGGUGGGUUGUUUUAUAAUCAGGGUACAUGAUCAGUCCCAUGUGGUGGGGGGGGGGAUGGUUAUGGUUUUUCAUUUUUUCAAGUCAAAUACUUGAAAAAAUACUUAAAAACAUUUGUAAGCCACUUAUCUUCCCUAAAGGGAAGAAACACAAGACUGUUAUUAAUUUCACACGACAUACAGUAUGUAUGUGGGAUCACCAACAAGAUGUUGAACGCAUUUAAGACUGCAUCUUUAAUGAUAGCAGCAGGCACAUCAGUGUAUAAUUUAUUUCGGAUUGGACAUUGUACGAGUAGUACAUUAAACUUUAGUCUACUGCAUGUAUGUGUGUUUACAGAUUUGCUGAGCAUCAAUAUGAAUUACGUCAAUUAUUAAUUGGAUUUAUGAAAAAUGGCAGCAAAUAUAGGGUGGUGCCAAGGACUGAACAAUAAAGCCAUAAAAAGUAUCCAUAGAAACAUAUAUAGUGAACUGAAAUAAUUCCAGUCUCAUACUUGAUGGGUUCUUCAGAAUGCUGGUAAUUACAAUUGUGGCAAAGACAAGACAAACCAGUCACUUAUUACAAAUCGUGUUUCAGAGAAAAUGGUCAAACAUGCUGGAGUGUCAAAUUUUUAAAAAUCUAUUUUAUUGCACUAAACUAACCUUGAUAUAUCUCUAUACAUCAUGCUAUGCUGUUAUUUUCCCCAUUUUCAAUGUUAAAGCAACACUUUUUGAAAGGAUUUCAUGGAAGUUUCUACUGAGAAAUGCCUGAAAUCAUGAACUUUAAAAGGCAGAUUUCUCAUAUUGGUUUUUGAACAGCUGUGUGUUUAAACGCUUGUAACUUCAUUAGGAAAUGUCAAAUUUGAAUUAUUUUUUUUAACCAUUUUAUAUGAUGAUUAUUCAUGGGCGGUAGGUUCACAAAACAUAGAGCGACACUUUAUUCAAAAUCACCAUUAUUGGCAGGCAGCGGGUUUGCUAAACAAGGUAUUAAAAAAAGUCUCGCCUAGUAACUAUCACAACAUAAGUGUUUUGAAGAUAUAUUUUUGAAAAUAGCCUUCAACUGGUACUGCUUUCCACUUACCAUCAUGAAUGUACAGAACAACAAGAAUGUUUACUUUUUGCUUUUUUCAUCAUUUCUACUUAUUGUUCAUGUAAAAUGUCAAUGUACUGUAGUAGCAUUUAAUAAAAUAUGUAAGUUUCCAAGAACAAUUUUCUUUACAGUAUAUUUCAUGUAAAAUGUCAAUGUACUGUAGUAGCAUUUAAUAAAUUAUAAGUUUCCAAGUACUGUACA